AACGGAAGAGGGAAGGGAAGCCUGUUUAUCUGGAUAAUGAAUCAACCGCUCACACGUGUUUGUGUUAAUAAAGUAAUGCGGAGAGACUGAUGCUUUAAGGAAAAACAAAGACAGCCUUCGUAAGAACACAAGGAACCCACUAUGAAGUACAUUCUGGUCACUGGUGGAGUCAUUUCUGGGAUUGGUAAGGGCAUUAUCGCCAGCAGUGUGGGAACAAUCCUCAAGUCCUGCGGCCUUCAUGUUACGGCCAUCAAAAUCGACCCGUACAUCAACAUCGAUGCUGGAACGUUCUCCCCUUAUGAACACGGUGAAGUGUUUGUUCUUGACGAUGGUGGGGAGGUGGACCUAGAUUUAGGGAACUAUGAGCGUUUCCUGGAUAUCUGCCUCAUCAAGGAUAACAACCUCACCACAGGGAAGAUCUACCAGUCAGUGAUCAACAAAGAAAGGAGAGGGGAUUAUCUGGGAAAAACUGUACAAGUGGUACCUCACAUCACAGACGCCAUCCAGGAUUGGGUCAUGAAGCAAGCAAAGAUUUCAGUAGAUGAUGAUGGUGUGGAGCCCCAAGUGUGUGUUAUAGAGCUGGGAGGAACAGUCGGGGACAUCGAGAGCAUGCCUUUCAUCGAGGCCUUCAGGCAGUUCCAGUUCAAGGUGAAGAGGGAAAACUUCUGCAACAUUCAUGUCAGCUUGAUACCACAGCCCAAUACUACAGGAGAGCAUAAAACCAAACCAACUCAGAACAGCGUUCGGGAGUUGAGGGGUCUGGGCUUGUCUGCAGAUUUGAUUAUGUGCCGUUGCUCUGCAGCUCUUGAUGCGUCUGUCAAAGAGAAAAUCUCCAUGUUUUGUCAUGUGGAGCCCACACAGGUCAUCUGUGUCCAGGACGUGUCCUCAGUUUAUAAAGUGCCUCUGCUGCUGGAGGCCCAGGGAGUCGUAGAUUACUUGUGUCAGCGGCUGAACCUGCCAGUGGAAAUGAGAGCCAGAAAGAUGCUCACAAAAUGGAAAGAGAUGGCCGACAGAUCUGACCGCCUCUUGGAGCAGGUCUCUAUAGCUCUGGUGGGAAAAUAUACAAAGUUAUCCGAUUCCUACACUUCUGUUAUCAAAGCAUUGGAGCACUCAGCCCUCGCUAUUAAUCACAAGCUAGAAGUCAAGUACAUCGACUCUGCAGACUUGGAAAGCACAACUCUGCAGGAUGAACCAGUGAAAUACCACGAAGCCUGGCAGAAACUCUGCAGCUCUCAUGGGGUGUUGGUGCCUGGAGGUUUUGGUGUCAGAGGGACAGAAGGAAAGAUUAUGGCCAUCAGCUGGGCCAGGAAGCAAAACAAGCCAUUCCUGGGGGUAUGUUUGGGCAUGCAGCUGGCGGUGUGCGAGUUUGCCCGCAACGUUCUGGAAUGGAAGGAUGCAAACUCCACAGAAUUCAACCCAGAAACUGAACACCCCGUGGUGAUUGACAUGCCAGAGCACAACCCUGGGCAGAUGGGUGGGACUAUGAGAUUGGGAAAAAGGCGGACCAUUUUCAAAUCCAGCAGCAGCGUACUGAGGAAGCUCUAUGGAGAUGUUGAAUAUGUUGAAGAAAGGCACAGACACAGAUUUGAGGUGAAUCCUGAGCUGAAGCAUCACUUUGAGAGAAAAGGACUCCAGUUUGUUGGUCAAGACAUCGAAGGGGAGAGAAUGGAGAUCAUAGAGCUGAAAGAUCACUGUUACUUUGUGGGAGUUCAGUAUCACCCAGAGUUCACCUCCAGGCCCAUAAAGCCUUCUCCUCCGUACUUUGGUCUUCUUCUGGCUGCUGCAGGGAAACUCCAGAGCUACUUGGCUAAAGGUUGUCGCCUUUCUCCAAGGGACACUUACAGCGAUCGCAGCAGCAGCAGCAGCUCUCCUGACAUGGACGUAUUUGAGUUAAAGUAUUCCUCUUUGUAACGGUGUCACUUUUUUUAGUUAAAGUUAAACGUUCUUCAACUUAUAGUAACAUUUCUACUAGAUUGUUUUGAAAGGAAAUUGUAAAUUGUGUUUUUACCUUUUUAUACUAAAACAUUAGGCUUUCACAAACCUAAUAAAAAGAUUACACUAACUGUU